CCUCCAUCCCGCACUCCGGCCACUGGCGUGCCUCCUCCCGCCCCCUCAGCCGCUCAUCAAUAGGGAGUCCGUUUGAAUAAUGUGUGAGCGCUCUGGACUGGAGCCAAUCAGCUGUCAGGGGCUCGUGAUAAAUCGCAAUGCAUUAUUGAUAAUAAUAAUUACGUUGACAUGCGCAUUUCCCACUCGAGGGGCUAAUUUUCCGAGCCGACGGAUUUGCAGAAGAAGGGCAGGAAAAUUGUCGGCGACUCUUUGCUCCUGAUGGUCGCAGCAUGUCGAGGCGCAAACAAGCCAAGCCGCAGCACAUCAACUCCGACGAGCCCGCUGUGAGCCACACUGAUAUUCCUCGAGAUGAUCAAGCUGAGGAAGACGGAGGCGACAUAAAGCGUUUCAAGAUGGAGGAAACCAGAGUCUGCGCCAAGUGCUGUGCCGAGUUCUUUGACGAAGCCGAAUUCACUGAGCACCAACGAAAUUGCACUAAAAGCCAGCAGGUGGUCAUCAUGAAGGAGGGAAGUGGCAACGAAGUGCCAGAGGAAUAUUCCCAAGGCUCCCCCGAAGGCCUCAACAGCGACCACGACGAUAGCCAGUCCAGCAGUCAUUCCCACAUUGACCAGCUAGAAAGAACGGAGGAGGAGUCCAGUAUGAAUGCAGAAGACUCGGGACAUGGGGACCCGGGCGAUGUGGCCGCGAGUCCUGAGACGCCUUUUCACCCUUCACCCAAAACGCAAGAUUCCAGCGUCCCGCCUGAAACCAUACCUGACGCUAAAGUGGCUGUCUCCCAGCAUUCCUCAAAUGCUUCUCUGACGUCAGCACAGGACGCCCUGCAGGCCAUCCCAAUUAUCUUGGAGCAGCUCGUGUGCCUUCAGCAGCAGCAGCUCCAGCAAAUCCAACUCACAGAACAGAUUAGAAUCCAAGUGGCCAUGAUGACGCCUCAGGGUCUGAAUUCAUCGGUAGGAGCAGCCAUGGAUCCUCUAAAAGCCCUGGGUGCUCAUCUCUCUCAGCAACUGUCUGCUGCGGCGGCACUGAUCGGGAAACGAACUGGCAACCAGAGUCUUUCCAUGGAGACGAUGAAGCAAGGCAAACUACCGCUACCCACUGGCAUUCCUGCUUCUCUGGGCACAGGACUGGGAUCAGUAGCCUCCAAAACAGACAUUUUAAAGGGCGUUCCCGAACUGGCCAGCCGUUUACCAGCACUGCUGCCCCAGUCUCCAAAUGUCUUAGCUUUCCCCGGCUCCUUCAAUGGUAUGCAAACGGGGCUAGAUUCCUCCAAGAAGUUGAAGUCCAAAAUGCUGAACCUUCCCGCAGAAUCAAAGAAUGUGGAGUCAUUGUACAAGCAUAAGUGUAAAUACUGUGGGAAGACCUUUGGGAACGACAGUGCCCUCCAGAUUCACCUUCGCUCUCACACCGGAGAGAGACCCUUCAAGUGCAACAUCUGUGGAAACCGCUUCACAACCAAAGGAAACCUGAAAGUGCAUUUCCAGAGGCAUAAAGACAAAUACCCAAACAUCAGCAUGAACCCUCAUCCUGUUCCGGAGCACCUUGACAAUAUUCCCACCAGCAGUGGGAUUCCUUUUGGUAUGUCCGUACCCCUGGAGGAAUCGAACCUGACUGAAAUGAAGCCUGUCCUUAGUCACCCUGCUGCUGGAUUCAACCCACCCUCCAUACAUGGUUUCAAAACCUUUGAUAGUUUUGGGGGGCCGUCGCCAUCGCCAAACGAUGGCGCUACACCUGCGGCCCUGGCCUCUGUGUUCAGCAAAGAGACGGGACUGGAUCCAAGUCCGAAGGAUGCCAAAGAGUUCCUGGGAGCGCUGCAUCACCCCAACCCGCUUCCUGCAGAGCAGAGCUCCGGAACAGCUAAACUGCAGCAGAUGGUGGACUGCCUGGAGAAGAGAACCAAUGACCCCAACGAGUGUGUCAUCUGCCACCGGGUGCUCAGCUGUCAGAGCUCCCUCAAAAUGCAUUACCGCACACAUACAGGCGAAAGGCCCUACAAGUGCAAAAUCUGUGGUCGCGCGUUCUCCACAAAAGGUAACCUGAAGGCUCACUACGGAGUUCACCGAGCCAACACUCCUUUGAAAAUGCAACACUCAUGUCCCAUCUGCCAGAAGAAGUUCACAAACGCUGUGGUUCUGCAGCAGCACAUUCGCAUGCACAUGGGAGGCCAGAUCCCCAACACCCCCAUGCCAGAAAGCCAGUUUGAACCAGCAGAUACCAUGGACCAGUCUCUGUCAGAAGAGAAGUCCAUGGAUGCCCCCAGCUUUGACGCAAGCAUGGAUGACCAAGAGCUGAGUUCCCAAAAGCCACCUGGUGCCUCAGACCCCCUUCCGUCUACUUCUGAGGAGCAGAAGCAUGCCGUCCUCUCCAGCUUAGAUGUUCUGAAGAAUCUCACCUCUGCGCUGGCACUGAAACGCCAGACGAGCACUGCUUCAGAGAAUGAAGGCACCUCCAAAGAAUUCCCACCAGCUCCAAAAGAAAUGGAUUUUACAAACGGCUGUAGUCCUGCCGUUUCUGAUUCCGCCAUGUCCUUUCACUCCUCCUCCCCGGUUCACAACGCAGGCACCAAGUCUCCCCCUUCCGCUGUGGAGGAGAUUUCUCGCAGUGGGUCAAGAUUGGACUUUGACUCAUCACAAGAUGGCUGUGAGACGAGCGGAGCUCUUGACCUCACAGCGUCCAGCAGCUUUACCCCGAAAGCUAUUAAAGAAGAACCAGGUUUGCCAUUUUCAAACGGAGACUAUGCAGCUCCUGCCAACAUAGCUUUCAUGAAGAUUCCCCCGGGUCUAAGCAGUCUGGACAUGAAAAAUCCUCCAGAGAACCCCUUGGGCCCUCACGGCUUAUUCAGCUCUCAGAUGCCUCAAGGUGCUGCCUUGCACUCUAUCUCCUCCGCACCGCGGAGAACAACCAAACAGCACAUGUGCAAUGCCUGCGGCAAGAACUUUUCAUCCGCCAGCGCCUUGCAGAUCCACGAGCGCACCCACACGGGGGAAAAGCCUUUUGCCUGCCAUAUCUGCGGCCGGGCUUUCACCACGAAGGGAAAUCUCAAGGUGCACAUAGGCACUCACAUGUGGAACAACUCAUCCCGCCGUGGCCAGCGCCUGUCUCUAGAUAACCCAAUGGCCUUGAUGGCAAUGAGCUCCGAGGCCAAGAUGAUGCCUGAGAUGAUGGCUACGCCCAAGGAGCUGAGCGUGCCACCAAUAAACUUUGACCCUUCCCUGUGGAAUCAGUACGCCGCUGCCGCCUUCAGCAGUGGCCUUACCAUGAAGACCAAUGAGAUUUCUGUCAUUCAGGGGGGCGGGAUUCCUCUCCCUGGGAGCCCCGCCGGCGGGCCUCUGAUCGGGUCGACUGGGGGCCUCAUGAAGAUGGACGGAUCCCACUCGGGCUUGCCCGCCACCAUGGCGGAAAUUGAGAAAAACGGCUCAGAUAGCGUGCCAAAGUCGCAGUUCCCACAUUUCAUGGAGGAGGGCAAAAUUGCAGUAAAUUGACGUAAAUCUUUUUAAACCAUCAGGUAGCCCCUCCCCCUCUUUGCAUUUGAAUGUUUCAUCGGAGGUACAAUCAAAUCCUAUUUGUCCAUUGAAGCGAUCUUCCCUCCAGAACUCACUGACUCUUAAGCCUUUAGUUGAACUUGAUUAUAACUACUGUAGUUCUUUUGUUUUAUAUGAAUAUAUAUGCGGGUAUUUUUCUUUUUUUUUGUGACUUUGUUUUGCUUUUUAUCCACAGGUUUGAAUGUAUAACUUACUUGAAACUGCUUUAACUCAUCCUCACCAACUUUGAAGGAUCUUGACUUUAUUAGGGACCGCUGCAGGGCGGUUUUUUUUUUCCAGGAUCUGACCAAUCAGGACAGACUUAUGUUAUAAUGAACAAUAUCUAAAGACUACUCUCCCUUCUCCCUUCAUUUAUGCUGUAUGUUUGAAGACUAUUUUUUUGUUUUUUUUCCUUUAACUUUUUUUUUUGUCUUCUUAUUACAGUUUUUCUAUAUUUCCAUUCAAUCGACACACCACCAGUUCAAAUUAGACCCUUAAUUCCAUUUUUCGUUUUCUUCAAAGUGCCUAAUAUAAAUUGUGUUGCAUUUCAAGGUUUCUCGAGUUCUGGAUGCGUCUUUCUUGUGUCCAUGCUUUGCUAAAAUGUCUCAAACUUUACAAAUUGCAGAGUUGGCUGAGCUCUCGGGGCGGUUGUGCCCAAGGUUCUCAUGCCUGCACUUUAUUUCAGGUUCAGGUGCAUUUCUAAUCUGCCAUUUAUUUGUUUUGUUUUUAUAUUUAAAUGAAAGAAAGCAGCUUCUUGAAACCUUUUUAUUGUGUGUUCUUGGUUAAUUUUUACAUGUAGCAGGAUGUAUUUAUUUAUAACACCCCGGAAUGCUUGAGUUGAAGGGGUUUAGCUCUACCUCAUCUAGAUUCUGUGACCCCCUCAAUGCAGCCUAUUGUAUGUCUCCCAGUCCACCCCCGGCCCUCACACGGAAGCGUUUUCAUUCUCAACCUGCUGAGUCGAACAGUCAUGAAUGUAUCACUGGACACUUUACCCAACUCAGACUGGUCAGAGGACUGUGGGCUCCUGCUGUUCAUUCCCUAUCGAUAUGCAUUUUUGCCAAUUCGUGCCUUUCUUUAGCAAACCAUGUCAGAACUGCUUUCAAGUUGUCUCCACACUUCAGGUAAUGUUGAGCCAGUUUGAUCUGUUUACAGUGUAAAUGUAAUUUUUUUCCCCCCAAGUUUUCCUAUGCUAAAUGUUUAUCAGAGUUGUUCUUUUUUUUUUUUUUGAAAAAUAAAAUCACUGCAACUUUU